CGAUCUCAUCUCCCGAUCCAAAAACCAUGGAAGAGGUUGAAGAAGAAGUAAAACGAAUCGUCGAACAAGUUAAAGAGCUUCACGACUCUUCCACAUCAUUCGUUUCUUCUUCUUCUCAAGAAGAGCUCUCUCUCCGUAACAGAGCCUCCGUCGUUGACUCAUCAAUCCGUCGUCUUCAUUCUACUCUUGCCUCCGACAAACAUCUCGAUCCCAAGCUUUUCGAAAAGCUUGAAGAGGAUCUACAACGAGCUAAAUGCAUGCUUGCAGAUGGUGACACUUCAUCGUUUCUUCCCUCUAAACCUCAAGGACGUUUUGUGAGAAUGUUUUUGGGACCUGUGAAUGUUCGAGCUUCACGGAAAGAUAUACAGCUUAAAGUUAAAGAAGAGUACAAUAGCUACAGAGAUAGAACAGCUCUUCUUUUUCUUGUUUUCCCUGCAAUACUUUUGACACUAAGAUCUUAUGUGUGGGAUGGAUGUUUGCCUGCAUUCCCUGUUCAGCUCUACCAGGCUUGGCUUCUGUUCCUUUAUGCUGGUUUGGUUAUGCGAGAGAACAUUUUGAGAGCCAACGGGAGUGAUAUCCGUUCAUGGUGGAUUUUUCAUCAUUAUUUUGCCAUGGCUAUGUCCCUUGUCAGUCUCACUUGGGAAAUCAAAGGUCAACCAAACUGUGUUCAGAAGCAGAAAGGAGUGCGUCUUUUCCUCCAAUGGGCUAUGAUGCAAGGUGUUGCAAUGCUUCUGCAAAAUAGAUAUCAGCGCCAAAGAUUAUACACUCGCAUUGCACUAGGAAAGGCUAAAAGGAUGGACGUCGUAUGGGGAGAAACAGCUGGAGUAGAUGGGCAACUAUUGCUAUUAUUUCCUAUUUUGUUCACUUUACAGGGCUUUGAAGCAUAUGUGGGACUGCAGUUGCUUAGGACUGUGUUGACGGGUGUAGUCGCUGAAUGGCAGGUAUUGGUUUGUGGCAUUCUUCUGGUAGUGAUGGCCAUUGGAAACUUCAUAAACACAGUAGAGACAUUGAUGGUGAAGUCGAGAUUCAAGGCGAAGAUGAAGAGAAGUAAAAGCAGAGCAGAACUUGAUUAAACUUCCUAACUUAUAUAACUACAGCUUCAUAGUUUCAAACUGUGGAUCUUUCUCCACAUAUUAUUUGCUUUACUUGAUAAAUUUUGUUUUCUUGGGGCAAAAGUGACCUAAAAUUCUGAAAAAAAAAUCAGGGAGUGCCCUUUCUUUGUGUAAAUGGAAGUUGGGAUUUGAUAGUUUGAUUGAUUAAACUGUGUUUUGUAAA